GAGAGCAAACGCAGCGACACACAACUCGCGCUCUUCGUCAGUUUGUCGAGCCCCUCUUGUCGUUAUCGAACGUGUUUCUCUCAAUCGCGAGUUUUCAUAUGUUUUCUUUUCAUUUCUUUAUUAUUUUAUCAUUUUCAUCAUUUUUUUUUUUUCAAAUCCAGUUCUAAUUUAUUUCUUUCUAAACGCGUUACGUAAUUUGAAAUAGUGUGUUGUGUCUUUUAAGUUUAAUUUAUAUUUAUACUGUGUUCCCCUUUGUUUUCUUUUAAACAAUUGUUCUAAUCGAUCCUAAUCUAAUCAUUGUUCUAAACAUUAUCUAUAUAAGUAGUUCGAAACAGUGUCGUUGUAUUCUGUAUCGUUCGCUCAUUGACUCUGCAUUGACUUUUCCAUUCUUGCACACGCACACGACAAUAAGACAAGCAUGCGUGCGCGCACAUACACAUACAUACGUAUACAAAGUGAGUCACCGUCGUGUAUUUACUUGCAGAAAUAGUGACUUAGUUCUAAUUAGGUGAAUUAUAUAUUAAACGUUAAUUAUUCGAAAAAAAAGAGAUUGUUGUUUUGCCAAUUUAUUGGUAUUGUUUUACAACUUUUGAUCUAUGUAUGUACAUAUGUAUAUACAUAAUACAAGUAUGACUUCCUUUUCCGGUAAAGCUACUAUGUAUAUCUGCGGUCGUAUGCCUGCAGUAUAGUUAAUCGCUAACGUUUACAUAAUACCGAGUGUCCCGUAAAUGCGAUCAGGCUUACUUUGAAAAGACGAUACGAUUAGUGCGACACACAGAAAGAUCAAAGUUUCUUAUGUACAAAGAGGAUGAGAGAUUAGACAAAGUCUAUGCCUAAUGGCAAAGUAUAAUUAAAAUAAAACAAAGAUAAAUUUGUGGCAUGUGCCAAUGUUAGUUAAUAAAAGAAGGCUUAGAAAAUGUUCAAACUCAGUGGACGACAGGAAUGGGAAGUCUGGACAAAAGAUAUACGGCUGCAACUGAACGAACAGUUGAGAUGUCUCGACGUAAGGAUGGAGGCACAAGUUGCCCUUGUAGCCGAACUGCAAGACUUCUUUCGCAGAAGGGCAGAGUUGGAGUUGGAUUACAGCAAGUCUCUUGACAAAAUGGCUAGGAGUAUACAAUUAAGACACAAGGAGCAAAAGCAAAAACGUGAACAGUGGCCCCUUUUCUCCAGCUAUGCUUGCUGGCAACAGCUUGUAAAUGAGACGAAAUCUUUAAGUAGAGAUCAUGCUGCCCUUUCAGAAGUCUAUAGCACACAUCUUGUCGGUAGGCUUAAUCAAGUAAUGGAAGACGUUCAAAGGAUAUACAAACGAUGUCGUGAGAUUGGCUAUGAAACACACGAAGAAAUACUCAGAGUUCUUCACGAAUUACAUACAACAAUGAAGACUUACCAGGCUUAUCAAGCAGAGUCAAGACAAGCCGAAACUAAGUUACGUGUAGCUGAGCAACAGCGUAGUAAGCUAGAGGUUGCUAAUGCACCACCAGAAAAAUUAGCUAGAAGCAAAAAGUACAAGCUCAUCGAAAAAGAGGUGAACAAGAGAAAGAGCAAGUAUCAAGAAGCCAAAUUGAAAGCUUUGAAAGCAAGAAACGAGUAUAUAUUAUGCUUGGAAGCUUCCAAUACGACAAUUACCAAGUAUUUCGUUGAUGAUCUGUCAGAUCUCAUAGAUUGUAUGGACUUUGGCUUCCACAAUUGCAUCGCUAGAGCACUGUUAAUGCAUUGUAGUGCGGAAGAGGGUAGGCAACGUUCGUUACAAACUGGUGCAGAGCAAUUGGCUGCAUGCGUGGGUGCAUUAGAUUCGAGAGCGGAUAAGCAAAGGUUCUUGGAAUCUCAUCAUGCUGCUUUUAUGAUUCCUAAAAAGUUUGAAUUUCAAGGCCAACGUGGAGACGAGACUCCCGAGCCUGAAUUACAAAAGGUGCUACACUUGGAAAUGGAACAGCGAUUAACUCAAUUGCAACAGAGGGUUACGUCUCUUAGAACGGAGUCAGAGGAAGUAUGGAAGACUUUAGAAACGGCGGAGGCGAGUCUCCUUGAAAUGUUAACCGCCAAAGAUUAUGACUGCUCGAGAUAUUUCGGUGAAAAUGCAGUACCAACGUCUAGACCACCGGAAACUUUACAGAUUAAAUUGAGAGCUGAUAGACAAGAGACAGAAGAAUUUUAUCUUACCAAAUUCAGAGAGUACCUUCUUGGAACAUCAAGAAUAGCCAGAUUGGACGCAAAGCAAGAAUAUAUACGUCAAAGUCUAUUGGAUGGUUCUACGGCUAGUCCAAAUCCAUCCAUUUCUACUACUAAACAAAAACAAGCACGUAGGAAACGAAUCGGACGUUUACAGAUGAACGGCCAACCAAAAUUAUUUGGUGGUUCUUUAGAGGAAUAUUUGGAAAGCACGAAUCAAGAAAUACCUUUGAUCAUGAAGAGUUGUAUAAGGGUUAUCAACCUUUACGGCUUACAUCAUCAAGGAAUAUUUCGAGUAUCCGGUUCUCAGGUGGAAAUCAAUAACUUCAGAGAAUGGUUCGAAAGAGGUGAAGAUCCUUUGGCAGAUGUAACAGAUGCUUCCGAUAUUAAUAGCGUUGCUGGUGUCUUGAAGCUUUAUUUGAGGGAACUAAGAGAACCAUUGUUCCCUAUCAUUUAUUUUGAGCAUCUUAUGGAAUUGGCACAAUUAGAAUCGAAGCAAGAAUUUGUUAACAAGAUGAAGGAAUUAAUAGCAAGUCUUCCAAGACCAGUGGUGAUAGUAAUGCGUUAUCUUUUUGCUUUCCUCAAUCAUCUUUCAGAAUUCUCAGAUGAAAAUAUGAUGGAUCCUUACAACUUAGCCAUCUGUUUUGGUCCAACUCUAGUACCUGUCCCAGAGGAUAAGGAUCAAGUUCAGUAUCAAAAUCAAGUGAACGAAUUGAUCAAGAAUAUUAUUACCUUCUGCGAGGAAAUAUUUCCAGAAGACAUAGGUGGUACUCAAUAUGAAAAAUACAUCAGCAGAGAACCAGACGACGCGGACGUCGGUGACUCGCCAACAGAUCAGGUUCAAGAGGACAUGGAUUCUGAAGUUUAUCCAUCGGAAGAUGAAUCAGAAAAUUUGGAAGCAACAGCACAGUUCGAUUUCAACGCUAGAUCGGAGAGAGAACUCAGCUUUAAAAAGGGUGAUACUCUAACUUUAUUUACACAAGUUAGCAACGACUGGUGGCGAGGCUCAUUAGCUGGCAGAGAAGGAUUAAUACCUGAUAAAUAUAUCAUGUUGAAAAUAAAAGAUGAAGAACGAGAGAAAGAAUUAUUGAAAUCAUCCAGUGAAGAAUCCAUGAGACGAAGAGCUUCCAGUUCAGCGGACAGUGUUCUACCUAACAACAAUUCACCAUUGAUGAUGAGUUCAACUGGUACGUCGAACGCAUGGUCUUCGACUCCUGUAUCAGAUAUAUCUCUUACAACGAACACGAUGUCGGGAGAAAAUAAUAGUACUAGCAGUGGUAUCGUACCAGCAACUGUUGUUACACAUGUGCCCUGCAUCUCUUCGGCUCAACCUAUCAUCAGUCGAGAGGAAUCCACAACAUCGGUGAAGUUGACCAAAGUAUCGACUCCUGAAAAUGAGAACAUUUCAGAAAAUCUUCUAGUGUCGAACUCGAUUGAUUUGUCAACGAUUGCACAAGAACGGAUGGAAGAAACCGAAGAAGCUGGAGGAGGAAUUGGAGGUGGUGGACAAGGUAACGAAAGCGGGAUGAAAAGUCGAGGAGCUGGUAGAAAACAACAUCAUUGGAAAUCACAAAGUGUAGGAGAGUCAACAGUGACGGUGACAGUGACAACAGGUUCGGACAGUCAUAAUCAAUGUAAUUCUCAAAAUUCCUCGAGCAAUGGUUGUACCUUUCCCGGUGGUGGUAGUGGUGGACAAUCCACUGAGGAGGAUAUACAACACGAACAAACAACUUUUUCAGCUAAUCGAGAACUCUGGCAAAGAAGAGCAACCUCUCAAACCCAAUUAAAUCCCCCUAUACCACCAGGUGGCAACACCACUACAACUUCUUCCAAAUCUUAUCGUAGCUCACAGGAAUUUCGAGAAAUGCGACAAAAACAAACACCUGAUCUUGUUAUGGAUUUACCAUUGUCGGCACAGGACGCAAGUAAAAAGUCUGCUUCGUCUAGUAGUUUAAGUAGUUCCGACGACGAAACUAGUGUUGUUUUACCUACCAGAACCACCGAAGCAGCAACUUCACCAACAGGUGGUCCUGAAUCACCAGACAUGAGUACUGCUGCCGAACGUUUUGCUAAGCAGAAUCAGUGUACGUUGAAAAAGAAUACCAAGACUAAUCCGGAAGGUUCGAAAUUGAAACGUCUUGAAACAGCGGAUCAUCUGGAGUCUGCCGACAUGGAAGGAACGGAGGAGAUUGUAAGAUCGGCCAGUACCAAUCAAAUCUCGGAUUCUCUGGCGCUUCGUUCGCCAUUACCACCUAGAUCAACGCCAAAAAUCGUCGCUAAGUUCGCGGAUAUGCAUUUGACGGGUGGUAGCCAAGUAUCUUCGUUCAAGCCUCAGGUCAAAGUCAAGCCAACAAUUCUUCGAAAACCAGUUUUACCUUUCCCACAUCCUCACAUGAGUCCAGAACUCGCGAGGAAGAUCGAAAAGCAGGCUCAGAGUGCCGAACAAGCUAAUUGAAGAUAUACGCAAGUAAUAAUAAUAAUUAAUAAUAAUAUUAAUAAUAAUAACAACAACAACAACAAUAAUAAUAAUAAUAUAAUAAAAUAAUAUAUAUAUAAUAAAAAAUAAUAAUAAUAUCGAUUAACUUGUUCGAUUUAGAUAUAAAUCCGAUCUGCGAUCAUCAUCAUUAUCAUCAUCAUCAUUAUCAUCAUUAUCUUCUCCCACAUCGACCAGUCACUCCGCCCAUCACAUCGCAAGAACUUAUGUAUUACUUCGUGAGUUUCUCGAGAGAAAAAAAAAGAAAAAGAAAAAAAAAAUACAAAAAGAAGAAGAAAAAGGAAGAAAACGAGAACGACGAAGAAAAAGAAAAGAAGAAAAAUCGUCUGUGGCCGAUAGCACGGUCCGUUUUAUCUCGAGGCAUAUGAGAUCUAUGAUACAUUGAUUCUUACAUUAUUUUAUCGUUUAUCUUUGAAUGAUCUUUUGAAGAAAAAAAGAAGAAAUGGAAAAGGGAAAAAGAAUUCUCACAUUGAAAGCUUUUUGCUUAGGUAGAACGGGCCGCUACCGUCCUAUGGGCGUGAGUUUAUUUUUUCUACUGAAUCUUUUCCAUUUUCGCAUAUAAUUUUUUUACCAAAUAAACGAGAAAUAAAAUAAAAUACAAAUACAAAUACAAUUACAAUUACAAAUACAAAUACAAAUACAAUACAA